ACAUUUAAAGGUGUCCCUAUACCCAAGACAGUACUUUUUUCGGCCGUUACAAUAACGUAUGUGUGUAUUUUCUCAGGCAUAUUACAUUGCAAGGAAAUGUUUUGUCGGCAUGAAAGAAAAGAAGAGAUUCCGGAAUUCUUCGAGUUUCUGUCGACUUCCAUUUCGAUUUUUCUUUUAAUAGUUACAAAUACGCGAUUUAGUAAACAACAGCAAAGUUGGACGGAGUAGCUAUUGAGGUAGAAUGAUGUGACUGACGAGGAAUUAAAAUGAAGAUUUUGACCGCAGCGCUUGCCCUGUGUGUCUUUAUCACUGAUUGUUUCUUGUCACAGCCUCCCGGUGGUGAUGCCGAGUCCUGCCGUUGCCCCGAUUAUCUGUUCUCCUGCAGUAACUGUGUAUGUAUUCCCCAUCGAUGGGUUUGUGACAAAGACAAUGACUGUGGCAAUAACAGGGACGAGGAUUCGUGUGGACCCUCAUGCCCAGAUGAGUAUUUCACGUGCCAAAACCAUCGAUGCGUAAAGAGAGAGUGGUUAUGUGAUGGUGAUAAUGAUUGCUCAGACAACAGUGAUGAACUCAACUGUGGUACACCUAGUCUCCAAAAUUGUACAACCCAAGAGUUUCAGUGCAACAAUGGCAAGUGCAUUUCAAAGGAGUGGAAGUGUGAUCAUUUUGAUGACUGUGGGGACAAGUCAGAUGAAAUCUGUGACUUUUCAACAACCUGUGGACCCGACCAGUUUCGUUGUGGAGAUGGGAUGUGUAUCCACAUAGGCUGGCAGUGUGACAAAGACGUGGACUGUCCUUCAGGAGAGGACGAACAAGACUGUCAUGAAGACCAGUUGUUUUGCAGCAGACAUGAAUUUCAGUGCUUACAUUCCAAACAGUGUAUUCCAAUGAAGUUGCGGUGCGAUUUGAAGAAUGACUGUGGAAACUGGGAGGAUGAGAUAGACUGUGAUGAUUUACAGCAACAGUGUGGCUCUAGUGAGGUGGCUUGUCAGAAUGGCAGUUGUAUUGACAAGGAUUGGGUGUGCGAUGGGGAUAUAGAUUGUGAGGACAAAUCAGAUGAGAGUAACUGCACUCUACCAUUAUGCAACAGUAACCAAUUCAAAUGUGACACUGGGUCUUGUGUAACAAACACAAUGGCAUGUGAUGGGAAUUAUGACUGUUCAGACAACAGUGAUGAAAGAGGCUGCACUUAUAAUGACACCAAGUGUACGGGUCAGGCCUCCUAUCAGUGCAAAAAUGGCAAAUGUAUCAGCAUACAGAAAGAGUGCAAUAAUGUGGACGACUGUGGCGAUGGCUCAGACGAGACUGAGUGUGUUGAAGAUGAAGUGUUGGUUUUUGCUCGGAGACAGUCUCUCCAGGUGAUGUCCCUUUCCAGCUUUGAAUACCAUACUAUUCCUGUACAGGGCAUUAAACACUCUAUUGCGGUAGACUUUGAUCCUGUAGAAAAACAGAUAUACUGGUCUGAUAAUGAACAAAGUGCCAUCAGUCGAGCCUACCUUGAUGGUUCAGGACAAAAAAGUGUAAGCACUGAAAUUAUGCACCCAGAUGGAAUAGCAGUGGACACCGUGAAUCGUAAGCUGUACUGGACAGACACAGGGAAGGACUUGAUAGAAAUGUCGGAGUUAGAUGGGACCCAGAGGAAAGCGAUAGUCACAACCCAUUUAGAGGAGCCCAGAGAUAUUGCUGUAGACCCUAAGAACAAGAAAAUUUAUUGGUCAGACUGGGGUAAAGUUGCUAAAAUAGAAAAAGCCAACUUGGAUGGCUCAGAAAGAGUGACCCUGGUGAACACUUCUCUUGGCUGGCCGAACGGAAUAGCAGUAGAUAUAGAGAGUCAAAGGAUUUACUGGGGGGACGCAGAGUUUAACCGGAUCGAGACAGCCAAUGUGGACGGUUCUAACAGAAGUAUUUUGAUGAGCACCGAUGUGCCACACAUAUUUGGACUUAGUCUCCUAGGGAAUUACAUAUACUGGACUGAUUGGCAGAAACGAAUGAUUGAGAGAGUCAACAAAAAUUUCAAGUUUGAUCGUGAGAUCCUGCUGACCAGUAUAGAAGACUUAAUGGACCUCAAAGCAUUCACAAUAAAAAGGAAGAAACGACCAUGUAAGUCGACCCAGUUUAUGUGCCAAUCUGGCCAGUGUAUUGAUAAGAACCAGCGAUGUGAUGGGGUGAUGCAGUGUUUAGACUACACAGAUGAGGCAGGCUGCAGGUACACUGAGGUCAAUGUCUGUGGUGUCGAUCAGUUCCAGUGCUCUAAUGGCCGAUGUAUUGGAAACCAGAAGAAAUGCAAUGAUGAGGAUGACUGUGGAGACCAAUCAGAUGAGAAGAGAUGUAACAUACUUGGAGAAUCCUCCUGUAGCUUUGGAAAUGGGGGGUGUGAUCACAUAUGUGAGAUUAAGCAGACAGCAGUUCACUGUUCAUGUCAUCAUGGAUACCGGUUGCUAGGAGAUUGGAAAACAUGUCAGGAUAUUGAUGAGUGUCUGUGGGAGGGAACAUGUAGUCAGCAGUGUACCAACACUCCGGGGUCAUACAACUGUUCCUGUGUCCCAGGAUACAAGUUAAAGUCGGACAGCAGGAGCUGCAAGGCUGAGGGUGGAAGAGCUUACCUGAUAUAUGCCAACAGGGUGGACAUUCGGAGAGUACUGACUGACAAUGCUGAACAUGACUCCAUCCUUCAGGGUCUACAAAAUGCUAUCGCUCUGGAUUUCCACCUCAGGGAGGGCUAUGUGUACUGGUCUGAUGUGGCUCUGGACAAAAUUAUGAGAGCUUUUCUGAAUGGUACAAAGCCAGAAGCUGUUGUGGAAUAUGGUCUGGAAAGUCCAGGGGGUUUAGCAUUAGACUGGAUCCACAACAAGCUGUUUUGGACUGAUUCUGGAAUGUCUGUUAUUGAAGUAAUGGAUUUGGGUACUGAUAAGUACCGCAAAGUACUUAUUUGGGAUGACAUACGAAAGCCCAGAGCCAUUGUUGCUUAUCCCAGGCUUGGAAUGAUAUUUUGGACUGACUGGGGAAACUUACCAAAGAUUGAGAGGAGUUACAUGGAUGGAAGUGGACGGUCAGUUAUAGCAAAUACCUCUCUGUUCUGGCCAAAUGGACUGACUCUGGACUACACCACACAGAAGCUGUACUGGGCUGAUGCCAAGCACCAUGUCAUAGAGUGUGCCAACUUAGACGGCUCUUCUAGAAGAACUGUGAUAAACUCAGGCUUGCCCCACCCCUUUGCACUGACACUAUUUGAGGAUGAGCUGUAUUGGACAGACUGGCACACCAAGAGCAUAAACAAAGCUAACAAGUUCACAGGAAAUGAUGUCGAAAUGGUCCGCAACAGACUUCAUUUUCCCAUGGACAUACACAGCUUUCAUCCUCAAAGACAACCAGAUUCUCCUAACAGAUGUGGCCAUAAUAAUGGUGGAUGCAGUCACUUGUGUUUACCAAGUAUUGUGGGUUUUACUUGUUCUUGUCCAUCAGGUCAACACCUGUUAGCCAACAGACGCAACUGUACCAAUGACAUGGCCACAUUUUUACUGUUCUCUACAUCCACGGAACUUCGCAGAAUCAACAUGGACCCUGCGAUAGGGGUUGACCGCUCCGACUCUAUUAUUCCCUUGACAAACGUUGACCAUGUGAUUGGGCUGGACUUUGAUUCUGAGGAAGACUUCGUUUACUUCACAGAUACGAGUCGCAAGACCAUCAGCCGUGCUAAAUGGGAUGGCACCGCAGAGAAAGUGUUGGUGGACACUCGGUUAAUAGUCCCAGCAGGCAUUGCUGUUGACUGGAUGGGGAGGAAGCUCUAUUGGACAGAUGCUGAACUGGAUGUAAUUGAGGUGGCUAACUUGAAUGGCAGUGUACGCACCAUCCUGGUUUGGCAGGGAAUGGACCAACCCAGGGACAUCAUUGUGGACCCAGAAACAGGGUUGAUGUUUUGGACUGACUGGGGUAAACAUCCUAAGAUUGAGAAAAUAGGGAUGGAUGGAAAGGGAAGACGAGUGAUAGUAAACUCGGAUUUAAAGUGGCCCAAUGGUUUAGCACUUGACAUGGACACUGAGACACUGUACUGGACAGAUGCUGGAACCAGUAUGAUAGAGUGCUCCAAUGUAAACGGUGGAGACCGAAAGGUGAUAAUCUCAGUGGGUGUACAGCGACCCUUUGGACUAACUGUGUACAAGGACAAGUUGUACUGGACAGAUCGUCAAGAUAAAGGGCUCCACUCAGCACACAAAACUAAUGGCUCACACAUGGAGACACUGAAAUCAAACUAUGCUGAUAUCUGGGAUGUAAGGAUGUUCCAUAGGAACAGACCACAAGUUCACUCGGAAUGUAAUUCCAACAAUGGUGGCUGUAGUCAUUUGUGUCUGAUGGCUCCAUUACCCCGAGGACACUCCUGCGCUUGUCCCACUGGGAUUCUGUUGAGGAAGGAUAAUAGAACGUGCAAUACUGAUAUGACCAAUUUCCUGAUAUUUGCACGUAGAUCUGAUAUCAGAAAAGUCUCGCUUGAUGUUGAAUAUUUUGCUGACGUAGUGAUGCCUGUUCGACAGCUGAGGAAUGUCAUUGCUCUAGAUGUGGAUAUUAUCAGUAGAAAGGUCUACUGGACAGACACAGUGUUAGAUAAGAUUAUGAGAUCUGACUUGGAUGGAUCCCAAGAAGAGGAAAUCAUUAGAAAUGGCCUUGAUACACCAGAUGGACUGGCAGUUGAUGCUGUGGGUCAGAAGAUCUACUGGACAGACACUGGAUUGAACCGUAUUGAGGUGGCGAAUGUGGACGGAAGCAUGAGAAAAGUGUUGUUCUGGGAGAAUCUGGACAAGCCCAGAGCUAUUGUACUUGUGUAUGAGUUGGGGUACAUAUUUUUUACUGACUGGGGAAGGAACCCUCGAAUUGAGAGGGCCUGGAUGGAUGGACAGAACAGAAAAGUUUUGAUUGACCAUGACUUGGGCUGGCCAAAUGGACUUGUGAUUGAUAUGCCUACGAAUAGAAUGAUCUGGGCAGAUGCCAGAUUGGAGAUGAUAGGAUGUGCAGACUUGGAUGGCGGUAACAGAAUGACAUUGGUGGAGGGGGUCAAACAUCCAUAUGGCUUGACUGUGUUUGGAAAUGACAUAUACUGGACGGAUUGGCAAAAAAUGUCAAUCCAAAGAGCAGACAAGUUCACUGGCAAUAAUAUGGCCACGCUCCGAUACAACUUGUCGGGGCUUAUGGACAUACAUGCCAUACAGCUAGACUUAAAAGGUUUAGAAAAACUGAACAAGUGUCAGAAGAGAAAUGGUGGCUGUAGUCACCUGUGCCUUCCUAAUCCUGGUGGUUAUUCGUGUGUGUGUCCCACAGGUCUGAAACUAUCAAAGGAUAGCAAGCAGUGUCGCCAAGUUCCAGAGAAGUUUCUCUUGUUUGCCAGUAGAGGAAGUGUCCGUCGGAUUUCUAUGGAUACAAAUGAUACAAUCGAUGUCUUCUUACCAUUGAAAGAUCUGCACAAUGUCAUUGCUUUAGAUUAUGAUUACAAAGAGGAGAAGAUCUACUACACAGAUGUUCAUCAAGAUGUCAUCAAACGGGCCAAUUUCAAUGGGAGCCAGUCCGAGGUGAUUGUCGCCUCCAAUCUGAAGACUACAGAUGGUCUGGCUGUGGAUUGGAUAGGUAGAAAUCUGUACUGGACAGACACAGGUCAUGAUAAGAUAGAAGUUGCCUGGCUGGAUGGUAGAAACAGAAAAACACUCGUAAAUGAAAAUCUGGAUGAACCACGAGCAAUAACUCUGCAUCCUAACAAAGGGUGGAUGUUCUGGACAGACUGGGGAAACAAACCAAAGAUCGAGAAAGCCUUUAUGGAUGGUACUAAUCGAAAUGUCAUAGUUGAUACUGGUCUAGGAUUUCCCAAUGGCCUCUCCAUUGAUUAUGACAUGCAGAGAUUAUACUGGGUGGAUGCCAAAUUAGAUAGAAUCGAGACUUCUGAUUUUAAUGGUGACCACAGGGUUGUGUUAAUCAAUGAUGUCAUUCAUCCUUUUGGAUUAGCUGUGUAUGACACGUACAUCUAUUGGACGGACUGGCAGACAGAGCAGAUAGAAAGAGCCAGUAAAAGGACUGGGUUAGACAGGACAGUCAUCUUAAAGAACUUGGUUGGACUGAUGGACAUAGAAUUUGUGGCCCCUGACAGACAGAAUGUUAUUUUAGGUAACAGCGGAUGUGGUGGUUGUUCUCACUUGUGUUUGACCACACCAAAUGGAUUUCAGUGUGCUUGUCCUGACAAAGCUGACCAUAAAAGACCAUGUGUCUCGGCGCACAAUAAAGAGGUGUCCUCUGACAAGAAUUCCGGUUUUGUUAAUUCGGAAGGCUGCAGUGCUGAGGACUCUGCACGUGGUUUGUGUGGCACCCCCUCUCCUGUUUUUCCUAACACUGAAGAACAUGCAGACAUCAAAAGAGCAAUGAUAGCUUUGGGAAUAGGAAUUCUGGUUCUUGUCAUAUUGAUUAUCAUUGUAGUCUUCAGAUUUAAACACAGGAGAAAAAGACAAACAUACAGAGUUGAGAAUGAUGAAUUGUCGUCCUUGACCUUUGCAAAUCCCACUUACCAGAAAACUAGUACAGAGACUAUCAACUUGGAUAAGAACUCAUUAUCUGGGUCACAGGAAUGGAAAAUAUUUAAAUUCAACAAAAAGAAGGAGAAAGUGUCCUUCCUGUUGCCAACAAGAGACAAAGCUGUGAAUAACUCCGAGAGAGCAAUCUUAGUCACUCAGGCUGACACCCACGCAGUAUGUCAUUCGCAACACUGUUCUGACAGAGUUGUGAACAAAAACAUUUUUAAACCAAAGAAUUCUAAAGAUCUGAACUCCAGACACUCUGUGCCCUACAAACAGGUGGAUACAUAGCACUUGUAUUCCAUGUUUACGUGUAAACUGCCAUUGUGUUUAUAUCAUGAACAAAUCAAGUCUUUUUUGGCAUCAUAGAGCAUCAUAAUUAUAAACUCCAGCCUAACUGAACAGGCACUGCCAGAUGCAUGGUCACUAGGUGUGAUUCACAUGUUAACAGGCACUGCCAGAUGCAUGGUCACUAGAUGUGAUUCACAUGUUAACACACAGUUGUUCCCAGACAUCGUUUCACACAUCGUUUCACUUCAUGACACUGUCCAUUUAUCCAGUGACGAAAGUCCCACUGUGAGUUUAUGUCUGACCGGCUACAGUCCACAUUAACUGACCCGUCACUGGGAAAUGUGCAAGUAUAGUUAUAUUCUUUUGUGAUCCAUAUUUGGUGCUAUAUACAUAUAUAUAUUGAACUAGUGUACAUGUUGACAGUGUAAAUUUCUUGGAUAUUCAAUGCUGUGUUGUUAGAUGUAGAAAAUGAUUUUAUGAGUGAGAAGGAUUUUUUUUUUUACAAGUGUGAAGCAUUAGUAAAAAUAUCUCAAAGAUCCUUUCUCACAAGUGAAAUAAAUUCUACAACAUCAAUUUUUCUGUUUAUCACAUUUUCUUUGGUUUUUCCUUUACCACAUUUAGCUGUCUCUGAUAAAUACAUUGAUGUUCAAAAUUAUAUGGUGUAGAAAUUAUAACACUUUAAGAAAGAUGUAAAAGAUAUAGAAAUUAAUACAUUUGAACAAUAGUCAAUAUGACAACUUAAAUUCAAUAUUAUUUUGGUUAUUGAAACAUGAAAAAUUUGAUUUGAACAUAUUUUAUUGACAAAUUUAAUUUUUAUAUCAAAAAUUAAUGUGAUCAUUUAUAUUGCAAAUGAAUAUUCAUUCUAGCAGUUCGCUAGUUGUGGUUGUUUUCUUCAGACUGUGAAGUUAUUGCUUUUGUUGUUUUUACAGGGUAAAAAUAUCAAUUUUUAAUUAAUAGAUAAAUAACAGUAUCUUGCUGUUGAAAAAAUAUAAUAAAUGUACAUAUACCCACAAGGCAUUAUAUUGAAAGUAUUUCGUGACCUUUUUGUGUUAGGUUCAGUUUUGUUUUUAUAUACAAGCAGCUUUUAUACAUGUACAUGAUAAUUUACAGCUCUAACUUUUAUGCAUAUUUUGAUACAUAAAUGUUUGGUUUUUUUUAUAACACUAACAAUGUCAGUGAGUUGUGUACUUGUACAGACUCUCAUUUACCUUGUUACAUAUUACAAUACUGUAGAUUUACAUUUUCUCCUUUUUUAAUAAAAUACAUAUAAUCAAUUCAA